AUGGAGGAGCAGUCUGUUGUUAUUCUGUCAUUCGUCAUCUCUACUUCGCGAAGUGGUUCUGUUCGUAUCUAUCUAUCUGUCUAUCUCAGUCUAGUCAUAUCUAUCUGUCUAUCUAUAUAUCUAUUUCUCUAUAUAUCUAUCUCAAUCUGUUCAUAUCUAUCUAUCUAUCUAUCUAUCUCUAUAUAUAUCUAUCUAUCUCAGUCUGUUAAUAUCUAUCUAUCUAUCUAUCUAUCUAUCUAUCUUUCUUUCUUUCUUUCUAUCUAUCUUCAUAGGCUACGAGCCUGUUCUAUUUCUUUCUCACACACACUCUCUCUCUUUCUCUCUCUUUCCCUGAUCCCCCUCUCUCUCUUUCUCUCUCUAUCUUUUUCUUUCUCUCUCUUUUCACUCUGUCGCUUUUUCUCUCUCUUUUUUCUCUCUUCCUUUUCUCUCUCUCUUUUUCUCUCGUUCUGUUUCUCUCUCUCUUUCUCUUACUCUUUUUUCUCCCUCACGUUUUCUCCCUCACUUUUUCUUUCUAUUUUCUCUCUCUCUGUUUUUAUCUCUCUCCCUUUCUCUCUCUCUCACUCUUUCUAUUAA